UGGAUGUGAGUUAAGUUGUUUUUAAAAAGUAAAGAAAAGUCGCAAACCUUUUUGCAGCAAUUUAAUGAAUUUGUUCUGAGACUGGAAAAGAUAACAUUAUGGCAUUUUGGAUUGUGAAUAUGGCCAUUCUUUUUGCACUGAAUGGAUUCGCUUUAAGUGAAGACUGGACAACUUCCAGUGAAACAGUAAUGUAUAGUUUGGCAUAUGUAACGGAAAUAACACAAAGCAAUAAUCUUGUCACUUUGCAGCAAAGGAUGUCCUUUUCAACUUGUAAAUUUCAUUGUACGGAACGGAAAUGCGUUGCAUUCUUCUACAUUGAAAACAAUGAAAGGUGUCUUUGUAACUUGGAGGAAUAUGCAAGCACUGAAGAAAAUGUAAAUUCUGUUGAAAGCACAGGCAUUAUUUACGGCCUAAAGAAAACUAACGUUUUGACUUCAUAUUUACAGACAUCCAAUAGGUUGAACAAAAGAUUACAUCGCCAACCAGGUGUCUUUGACUGCUUAUCCCUUUAUAAGCUGGGCUAUCCUGAAGACGGUGUGUAUGUUAUUCAACUAAAGGAAGAUGUGAAUAUUGACGUGUGGUGUGAUAUGUCCAAUGGUGGAUGGACAAUUAUACAGCGGCGCCAAGAUGGAUCUGUGGACUUUUACAGAGAUUGGGAUCAAUACGUGAAUGGCUUUGGGAACACAACAGGCGAGUACUGGCUUGGUCUUAAAUACAUUAACAUACUAACAACAAUAGGAAGUGAACUUUAUAUAGAAAUGGAAACGUUUGAAACAGAUAAUGUUUCACCCGCAUCAGCUUAUGCCGAAUAUUCCACAUUUAAGAUCAAUGACGAGACUGACAAAUUCAGGUUGUCAGUUUCAGGAUAUAAUGGUAGCUGUGCGGAUUCUUUGGCUUUUCAUAACGGUUGGAGAUUCUCCACGUUCGACAAUGACAAUGACGGAAAAGGUAGCGAAAAUUGCGCUGUUGAGUACAACGGUGCUUGGUGGUAUAGAACGUGUCACGCAAGCAAUUUAAACGGGUUAUAUUUGAAAGGUUCUAACACAGAAUACGGUAGUGGUGUUGUUUGGGCCACGUGUUGGGGAUUCAAUUAUUCGCUAAAACGAAACGUUAUGAAAAUACGCCAGAAAACUUAAAAUUGUAACGAAAUUGUUUAAAUCUUAUUCUAUAACUAAAAGAAGAUUUUACUUUUUUACUCAUAAAAUAUAUUUUCUUUUAUAAUUAUCUCUUAUUAACAGUUACCCAGAUAAGUAAAUAAAUUGUUAAAAGCAAAACGUGUCAGAAAAUACUUAACAUUUGAAUCUAUAUCAUCGUAUUUUGUUUAAAAGAAUAUCUAAAUGAUACCUAAUCGUUGUUUUAUUAAGAUUUGAAAUACUUUUGGAAAAUUUGCCUUUUGUAGCGAAAACUAGUUUUGGUAUACCUCUGGUAGGAAACGUUAUUUGGUUAGUCUAGUUCUUAUUAUAUAACGAACAUUUUUACGUGUGGAGUGACAGUCAAUUUUUGCCGUUUAUAAUUGAUAAAGGCUUGAAAUAUACUAUUAUGACGAUUUGACCAAUUACUUAUUUCGGAGCAGAUGUAUUUCUAUGUUUUAAUAUUUUAUAAAGAUUGAUAAACAUUAUUAUUAAAUUUUACUUCAGUUGUUUCUGAUUGAAAUAAAAUGUUUUUGUUACUAUACCAGUAAGUUUUUAAAUUAUGGAUUGUGUGCCUUUAUAUUGCACUUGUAAAUAAAUAUAAGCAUUUAUGUAAAUGGAUGUUAAAGAACAUAUAAAAAGUAAGUAAGCGAAAAACUAUGUUAAAAAUUAUUAUAUAACUAUUUAUACGUACUUUCCUAGAUAAACAGUUUUUUCGCAUUUGACAUACACUGAGGGGCAAUUGAAUUUUGUUCAUUGGCAUAACUAGAUGAUACUCUGAGGAUAAAAUAGACAAGAGUAUUCAAAAUAAUACUUUUUCAUCGUGCAAUCUUUCCAAUUGAUGACUUACAUUUUCACUGUGCCUGAAUUGCAAAACAUCAUAAUUUUAUAUAGAAUAUAAAAUUCUAUAAAACAUGAAGAAAAAUCGGAUUUUCAUUUCAAAACAACAUUCAGUUGGCGAGAUGAUAUAUUAUUG